CGCAGAGCGAAAGACGAAAGCCGCAGCGGCCAAAGCUGAGCAUCGGAGUCAGAGACCAAGAUGGCCCCGUGACGAACGAAAUUAAAUUCGCACCCACCUGACCUCCCUCCCUCUCUUUCUCUACGCUUUUCCCCUUCCACGGCCCUCAACGACAACCAGCCCGCCCUUUCUUCUCUCUCCUCCCGCUCCCUCCCUCCAGGCUCCAGCCAACGCCGCAAUGGCCUCGUGAGCCUAGGAUUUGUCUCCUCUGGCUUCCUUCGUUCACAGCUCCUAGCUGCUCUUCCGCGGUGCGAGCUGUUUGGUUCCUGGGUUGAUGCGGCGGCGGUUCGUGUGACGGGAACACCGAGUAGGAGCAGGAGGAGGAGGUUGUCCGGUGAGGUGGGAGUCGGGAAUGGAAGGGGAGGCGGCGGCGAGGAUAAGGGUGGUGCGGUGCCCCAAGUGCGACAAGUUCUUGCCGGAGCUGCCCAUAUACUCCGUCUACGUCUGCGGCGGCUGCGGCGCAACUCUCCAAACAAAGAAGAAGAAUUCAGCCCAAUUUUCACAUGACUCGGACAAUAGAAAUGUGAAAUACCUCGAAGUACUGGAGUGUGUUCCAGAGGCAUCUAAAACAAUGCCUGAAGCUAGUAUUGCUGAUAGAUCAGAAACUAAAAAAAUGGCAGAUGUACAUAGUAAAUCAGUUUACAGCCGUCAUGAUAAUAUUCGGACUGGGCCAAGUGCCUCAAAUCUGAACUCUACUGUUCGAGAUGAUGGCAGGGAGGCAAAGUACCGGCACGUUCGUGACUGGGAGAAUGAAGAAAUGGGGCAAUCAUUGAGAGCGAGAGACAUAUCCCCAAGGUCUCCAAUAGAUGGCAUUCCGCCCAAUGCUUAUGGUGGAGAAGGCCUUGUUGACUACCAUUCGAAGCCGAGGUACAGAUAUUCCAAUAGGGAACGCUCCGAUGAAAGAACCUUGGAUGGUCCAAGCAGAGUCAGGGGCCUUGAGAAAGACCGUGCUGAAAUCUUGAGGAUGCUUGAUGAGUUGAGAGACCAGGUGCAGCAAUCCUGCGAUGUAACUGAUGGGCCAAACGUAAGUGCUCCAACAAAUAGAGCAACAGAUGCCGCAAGUUCGUAUGGUACUUGUGACCGGUUGAGUCAAUUGAGGCACGAUGCACCUCAAUUGCAUCGAAACGGUUCACAUCAAUCUCCAUCCUUGAACGUGAAAAGUCCUAGCAUUCCUGUUUAUGCUGCAAUGCCCACACAACAAGAUCAUCAUGGAUAUGCAGAGCCCAUUGCUCAUGCAAGAGCCUCUAGCUAUCCUGCUGGCCUCUAUCCAUGGAGAACUUCUGAUAAUUAUUUCUUUGGACAGCAUGAUCCUGAUCCUCAUCUCUCUUGCCGCCACGAUGGCUUCUAUAACCAGCCUGCUUGUUCUUGCUUGCAUUGUUGCCACCGAGAAUUCUUGCCUGUACAGGGAAAUCACCUGGGCUUCAAUGAUCAAAGGGCACCGUAUCUUAUGAACAGUUAUGGGGCCUAUCCUGUGGACAGUCCCCUGUAUGGUCAGCAAAGAUAUAGUACAAGAGGCACUGAUACUACCUUGCAGCAGAACCGCACGAGGGCCAAUGUAAGCAAGAAGCCCGCACAGACUUGUGAGCCGGUUGCAGGUGGUGCCCCUUUCACCAUAUGCUACAAUUGCUAUGAAGUGCUGCAGCUACCAAAGAAACAAUCCUUGUUGGGGAAGGAAUAUAAGUUGCAGUGUGGAUCAUGCUCACAUGCGCUUGUUGUCAAGCUUGAUGGAAGCAGACUCGAUGUAUCAGAACUUGCGCUAAGUACACAUUUAUCUGCUGGACAGCAAAAUUGCAUCAGCAACAGCAUGGAAACCAAUGAGCAUACUGCAGAUGAGAGGUCCGUUCCAGCUUAUUGUUUUUCUGUUGGAAGCCAUGAGUCUCAAGAAAAUGAUCUGCACUCCAAUUUAAGUGAGCCAGAGAACAACCAUACUCCUGUAGGAACUAAUUCUGAGGACACUUCACAGUCCAGGAAUCUUCCUUCCGAAGCCAACGUUGCUUCCCAUGUACCAAGUUUACCACAUCGUGAUCAUUGUGGAUUCUCUCCGUCUGGACAUUCUGGUGUAGGAAGUAGAAGUACCCACUCUGAACCUGAAAGGGUUAUACUGUUAACUGAAAGUUGCAAGCAGAAUUCAGUUAAAGAUGUAUGUGUAGCAACUGAGAUGCAGUCACCAGACAAUGAGUCUAACGAUCCUGAAUACACACAAGAUGCAUUAAAUGUGCCACAGGAAGCUGCCCACAUUAGGGUGACAAAGGCGGGUGAUUCGUUUCUCACCAGUCUGAUAAAAAGGAGCUUCAAAAUUAACAAUGGCAUGCGUAAUGGAAGAGCAAGGGUUUUCAUAAAUGGCUUUCCUAUUUCUGAUCGUGCGGUCAGGAAGGCAGAGAAGCUAGCUGGAACAGUCUGUCCUGGUGAUUAUUGGUAUGACUACCGUGCUGGCUUCUGGGGUGUUAUGGGACAGCCCUGCUUUGGCAUGAUACCUCCGUAUAUUCCAGAGUUUAAUUACCCCAUGCCCAAGAACUGUGCCGGUGGAAACACUGGCAUAUCUAUUAACGGGAGAGAACUUCACCAGAAGGAUUUGGAUUUACUUGUGGCUCGAGGACUCUCUGAUUCCCCUGGAAGAUCGUAUAUAGUAGAAAAUUCUGGGAAAGUUUCAGAUGAAACAACUGGUGAAGAGCUUUACGGCCUUGGCAAGCUUGCACCAACUGUUGAGAAAAUGAGGCGCGGAUUUGGCAUGCGAGUCCCAAGAGUCGCCCAGUGACAGGUCAACACUGCACAACUUUCAAAAGCUCGGUCGUAAAUGGGUAGGGAUGUUUUAAGUCUCCUGUAGUUUAUUUCAGUUGUGAAGCUAGUUUCAUCUUUCUUUCUUUUUUCUUGAUUGUAUCACCCCAUUAUACAUGAGGCCUAAUUCAGUCACACGGAGGUAUUCUUGUAAUUUUCUAAUGCAUUGGUUUUCCCUGGUAAAAGCCUGUCAAUGGAAAAUAUUUCCUUUUUCUUUUGCA